AGUUCUUGAGUGCGGAUGGAGAGACUUGUCUUUUUGGCUUCAGGCUGUGUGUUGUUAUUCAUCCGCGGGUUUAGUCGGCUGGAUCCGAUUAGGAUUCGCUUUCGCUCGUCGAAAUGGAUGAACUCACGAUGCCGUGUGUGACAUUUGUGGUUUGUUUAAGGGAAGCGAGUUUUGGAGAGAAGAGGAGGCUGGAGAGUUGGAGGAAUCCGCGUAUUGCUUGCGUGGAGAUCGAUUGAGGAUACGAGGCUUUGAGCUGAAGUUUGGCAGCGCGGCAUCGUGGAGAAGCGCAAUUUGUGUGGUGGAGUGGUCAUCAGAUGGCGGUGAAUUUUGCAGAGUUGAGCGCUGCGUGCUGUGCGAGCACGAGUAGGUUCGCUGGUAGGGGAGUUGGAGAGUGUGUGAGAGUUGGAGCCGUGAAGCCGCUUUUGUGUAGUCAAGGAGGAGUAGUAGUUUUGAAUUCUUUGCAGAAUAGGGGGAAAGUAGGUUUUUGUGAAGUAGCGAUUGCUCGAAUUGGACGAGGAGAAGCGACUUUGAAAGGAGGUGUGAGACGUCGGUCGGGAAGCGUCCAUGGUUUAGCUUCGGAUCGGCGAUCGAUUGUAGAUGAUGAUAACAGCAGUGCGAAGGUAGAGGAUGCUUCGAAAGGGAAAGAUUUCUCGCAGGGGGCGAGCUCGGUGACAUUGAUGUCGGAAGAAGAUGCUAAAGCCGCCGUGGUUUCGGAAGUCACUCUUAAAGGCGACAAGUUCAACAUCACUGAAUAUCCAGACAAAGAAGAAGCUCAGCCUGAUGCGCAUCCCGUCAACUCCUUGGCGGAUUCGGUGCUGAACCUAAUCAGUGACGAUCGUCGAGAAUUUUCGCUUACUGAAGUAGGCGGACUGUGGAAAACAGGGGAUGAUGCAGGCGCAGUGAGCAUUCCUGAGUUCAGUGAUUCUGCAUUCGACGAGAAAGAUGGAGUGUCACCCUUGGAUGAAUUUACGACCACCGAACUUACGAUGGAGCAUGCACAACUUGCACGCAUCACCACUGAUAUCUGGUACUUGCAAAAUGCAUUUGCCUUCUUCGGAGCAGUCCGUGCCACGGAAGCCCUGAUGUCUGUCUUUUCGACCUCGCCCCCUGACUUUGGCAAGCUUUCAGAACUUCUAAAUGCCCUAGACCCGUUUACAAUAUCUUGGCUGGCUUACAACGUGCACGAGCCCAUGGAAGAACUUACGAUGGUUGACCCUUCGGAUCUGGAGAAGGUAUUGAAUUUGAGGACUACCCUAUGGGAUGCACUUCACAACUUUUACGAACGACAAUGGAAAGUUAUGGCCACACUUGCCGUGGUGAGGUUGUUCACUCUAAUUAAUUCUUACAUACCAUCAGCGGAGGAGAUCACGGGCAAAGUGAAGUUCUUGUGGGAUGCUCUUAUGGCACUUCCAGUUUUCUAAUUGUACUUUGCCGAGGUUGUGUGCGAUGGAAGAGGAAACGUGUACAGCAAUUUGUUAAUCUAUUUUUUACUCCAUCGAUUCUUUCUAAGGACUGAUUAAGAUUGGUUUUCUUUACAGGAUUGAUAAGUUAGGGUUUCCAAGAUUGAUUUAGUUUUUUCUGUGAAUUGUAUCAUAAUAACUCUUCAAAUGUCUCUUUAGUACCAUGUAUGUACUCUUUAUGAAUAAUUUCAAGAGAUUGGUAAAAUAAGACAUAUUUGUAUUAUUAUGA